AUGGUCCAUACAGGAGAGAAACCAUACAAAUGUGAGGAGUGUGGGAAAGGAUUCACUUGUAGCUCUAACCUUUAUAUCCAUCAGAGGGUUCACACAGGAGAGAAGCCUUAUAAGUGUGAGGAAUGUGGUAAGAGCUUCAUUCAGCCAUCACAAUUUCAAGCCCAUCAGAGAAUCCACACUGGAGAGAAACCAUACAUAUGUAAAAUGUGUGGGAAGGGCUUCAUUUAUAGUUCAAGUUUUCAGGCGCAUAAAGGAGUCCACACUGGAGAAAAGCCCUACAAAUGUGAGGAGUGUGGGAAGAGCUUCAGUCGCAGGGCAGAUCUUAAAAUUCAUUGUAGAAUCCACACAGGAGAGAAACCCUAUAAUUGUGAGGAGUGUGGAAAGGGCUUCAGUCAGGCAUCACAUCUUCUGACGCAUCAGAGGGUCCACAGUGGAGAAAAACCAUUCAGAUGUGAAGAGUGUGGGAAGAACUUUAGUCGGAGUUCACACCUUGAAGCCCAUCAAAAAGUGCAUAAUGGAGAAAAGCCAUUUAAAUGUGAAGAAUGUGGGAAGGGCUUCAAGUGGAGCUUAAAUCUUGACAUGCAUCAGAGGGUCCACACAGGAGAGAAACCAUAUAAGUGUGGUGAAUGUGGUAAGUACUUCAGUCAGGCUUCAAGUCUUCAACUUCAUCAGAGUGUUCACACUGGAGAGAAACCAUACAAAUGUGAUACAUGUGACAAAGUGUUCAGUCGAUCUUCACAACUUCAGUAUCAUCAGCGAGUCCACACAGGAGAGAAGCCUUACGAAUGUGCAAUCUGUGGAAAGUGGAUCUUCGUGGAUCCUUUCUGA